AGUUCCUGGCCAGGGCCUGGCGGUAACCUUGGGGUCUUCGCUGCCACUGCUGCCGCUACCGCCUCCGCGGGGGUGGACUUUGCGAGUCCGAGCGUUAGCCCGGCCCAGAACUGUUAGGUGCCGGGAGUCGCAAACGUUGAGCAGGAGUUCGUUGAGGAUCCCGGGGAGGAGGAACCGCGGGCGCAGCCGCCCGGCCGACAUGUCUCUAGUGGCGGAAGCCUUCGUCUCUCAGAUCGCAGCUGCAGAACCUUGGCCUGAAAAUGCUACAUUAUAUCAGCAGCUGAAAGGGGAGCAAAUUUUGCUUUCUGAUAAUGCAGCUUCUCUUGCUGUGCAGGCCUUUUUACAGAUGUGUAAUCUGCCUAUCAAGGUGGUUUGCAGGGCAAAUGCAGAAUACAUGUCUCCAUCUGGUAAAGUACCUUUUAUUCACGUAGGAAAUCAAGUAGUAUCAGAACUUGGUCCAAUAGUCCAAUUCGUUAAAGCCAAGGGCCAUUCUCUUAGUGAUGGGCUGGAUGAAGUCCAAAAAGCAGAAAUGAAAGCCUACAUGGAAUUAGUCAACAAUAUGCUACUGACUGCAGAGUUGUAUCUUCAGUGGUGUGAUGAAGCUACAGUAGGGGAGAUCACUCAUGCUCGGUAUGGAUCUCCUUACCCUUGGCCUCUGAAUCAUAUUUUGGCCUAUCAGAAACAGUGGGAAGUCAAACGUAAGAUGAAAGCUAUUGGAUGGGGUAACAAGACUCUGGACCAGGUCUUAGAAGAUGUAGACCAGUGCUGUCAAGCUCUUUCUCAAAGACUGGGAACACAACCAUAUUUCUUCAAUAAGCAGCCUACUGAACUAGAUGCAUUGGUAUUUGGCCAUCUGUACACCAUUCUUACCACACAAUUGACCAACGAUGAACUUUCUGAGAAGGUGAAAAACUAUAGCAACCUCCUUGCUUUCUGUAGAAGAAUUGAACAACACUAUUUUGAAGAUCAUAGUAAAGGCAGCUCAUCCGUUAGAUUGUCUUAGAGUUAUAUGUUAGUUUAGUUAUUAUUUUAAAAAGUUUAACUUUUGGAAUAUAUGUUACUUGAAUGAUAUAAUAGAUAAUGGUAUCAGAAUUUUAAAACCAAAAAUACUGCUGUUCAAAACCUCAAAACAAAUUAUAUAAUGUAUCAUAUACAUGUACUUUAUAUUGUUAUUUGUGUACACAUUAAAAUAAUUUUGAAUGAUUUCAUUUGAUAUGUUGUACCCUAUAUCUUGAAAUUUUUGUUUUCUUGACACGUAUAUGCAUAUAAAAAUAAAGUUAAAUAACUGUA